AUGAGCGAACCAGAAGAAAUAGAUCGCUUAACUAUCGUAGCGGAGGAUACCAUGCAAAUUGUAUCAGACUUGAAUUGUUUGUUGAGACGAAUUGGUUCAAAACUACGUGGCAGUUCAACAUGGCAAAGUGAAGAACAUAUCUCCUUAUUUCGAGAGUUAAUUGGAAUGCUAAAGUCAAUAAAAACCUUAUGCGAUGAUCUAAUCAACGAACGAAUGUCCGAUCCCUCCACAACUGUAAAUCACGUGUGGCAUAUGAUCGAAUUGUAUUCCGAUACGCCUGAUACAGUCAAAGAUGGAACAGAAUUAUUAGAGCGUUUCUUUAAAUUAAAAAGACGUUCAAUGAUUAAGCCAACGAACUAUGAGCAGACGAUAGAGGAUUAUGUUCACUGGCAAAAUGACACAGUCAAAUAUUUUGUUGAGCAGUAUCACACAAAAACAAUCAACGAUCGAUUAAAUGAAAUCAGACGUUUAUGGGAUUGGAACUAUCGAGCACACGAACGAAUUUUUUUCGGAGGAGCUGCUCGUCCACUUCACAUAAAAAAAGUCACUGAAUUUUCUGCAUCGAUAAGCGUCUACUAUGAUCUUCUAUGGCCUUUAUACAAAGAUAAUCGAGAUAAAUUACCUUUAGCACUUCACAAUCUUCUACACAAGGAAAGUGAUAAAUAUUGGCCGAACUAUGAAAUAUUUCCUUGUACCGCGUCACAGAAUAUCAUCGAGAAAUGUUUACAAUAUUUCUACGCCAAAGAUCGACACAAUACAUGGUUUGUCAAUAGUAGUUAUUCAGAUUACAUUCCGUUUGUAAAUUCCGCUCGAGAAAUUUUCGAGAUAAGAUUCGAUGGAGCGAGAAUGACGUCACCGGAUGACCACACCACAGAGUGGGUUCUGAAGGAUCUUCGACAGCGUUGUCGAAACAUUUCUCGGAAGAAUAUGAAUCGAGUUCCUGCAACGAUUGUGAUUCUUUUGACAUCAAAAAAUCGAUUUGGCUCUCGAAUCGACGUUGAUCAUAUUCAUACAGAAUUAAAACGAGAAUUCCCACAAAUUAUCACGCUUGUUGAUGGAUGUCAAGAUGCCAUGGCUUUCACUCAAGUCGAUAUUAUAGUUUAUUCAAAACGGUUUACAACAACAGGAACGAUAGGACUAGUUAAUAAAGAGUUCCUAUUAAAAAAUCCGAGAUUACGUAAAAAAUUAACGCCUGGAGCAAACUUUCCGGUUGGUAUCUUAGCACAAAUAUACAUUAGUGUUAAUAUGAUGAACGAAAAGCUUGCCUAUGGUAUAGAAGAGUUAGUUAAUUCCAGUCGAUGGGAUUCUUGGCAAUCCCCACUAACACAAGAAUUGACUUCUGCUAUGAACGAUCUACAUAGAGAUCGGCCCAAUGGUUUAACAUAUUCAUAUGAAGAGGACACAGCCGGAACUAUUCUUACUUUAUCUUGUCGUGACAACGGACACGUUCUAUUACCAAAACUCUGGGCGCUGCUGAAGAAAGAAGGUCAUUCAUUGGAUUGUUUUGUGAUGGAUAAUCUAUAUUUAGCGAGUGUGAAUGGAAUAUCCAGUCAGCAAAUUCGACAUUUCAUCGAUCAUGGAUUUAUUGAUCAAAUAAGACAAGUAGAAGCGAAUUCAAGUGACUAUUUAGCAUGGCCAUUACUACCGUAUUGGGUAACGGAACCAAAUGACAUGACAGUAGCCGAUCUUCAUAAUCAUUUUGAUAUCUGUCGACAAUAUCAUUGUUGUUUGCGAAUGUACAUGGGCCGAUGUGGAUACUCCAGCAAAUUAAGCCGUUUGAUCGAACUUAUCGAUAAUAUCUUCGCGACUAACAAACUUGACAUUCCAGAUGAUCUUCUCGGCAAACAUCCGUCACAAUGGCCAACAUAA